UGAUUUCCGUUUCCUUCGCGUCGUCGGUUGGUGCGCGUGCGUCUGACGUUCACCGGAGGCACGGCACCGACUAGCCGGCUCCGUCGCGCGGCAGCAGCCGAUCCAGUCCCUCGCGCUCUUGCAGCUUCGUUUUCGCCCAGUCGCCUUCCCCGACGUGGUCUCCUCCGACCCAUACGACCUUCCCCGACGUGGUCUCCUCCGACCCACAGUCUCACACCCACAGAACCCAAUUCCCUCGCGCUACCUCCUCCCUCCCACGCACUCGCAUCACACAUCCCACCACCCCCACCCCACCCCACCCCACCCCACCCCCGUAUGCGAUUAUUCGCACCCAGACGCCACCUCCGCCGCCGCCUCCACCACCUCCGCCAUGGGCGACUCCUCGGUGGCCGGCGCGCUCGUGCCGUCCGUGCCCAAGCCGGAAGCCGCGCCGUCCGCUGACGCCUCCACGGCCGCCGCCGCUGCCACGGCAGCGCUGGCGCUGGCGGAGGAGGCGGGGACCCGCGCUGCGGUGUCGCCGGCGGCGGACGGGGAGGGGCCCGCGGACAGGGACCUCCUCUGUCCGAUCUGCAUGGCAGUCAUCAAGGACGCCUUCCUCACCGGCUGCGGCCACAGCUUCUGCUACAUGUGCAUCGUCACGCACCUCAGCCACAAGAGCGACUGCCCCUGCUGCGGACACUACCUCACCAAGGGCCAGCUCUACCCUAAUUUCCUCCUCGACAAGGUUCUGAAGAAAAUAUCGGCCCGCCAACUUGCAAAAACAGCAUCACCAAUUGAUCAAUUUCGAUAUGCAUUGGAACAGGGAAACAAUAUGGGGGUUAAAGAGCUAGAUAGCCUUAUGACUUUAAUUGCUGAGAGGAAGCGGCAAAUGGAACAACAAGAGUCAGAGACAAAUAUGCAAAUAUUGCUAGUCUUCUUGCACUGCCUUAGAAAGCAAAACUUGGAAGAGCUGAAUGAGAUUCAAACUGACCUACAGUACAUCAAAGAAGAUAUAAGCGCUGUGGAGAGACAUAGGUUAGAAUUAUAUCGGACAAAAGAAAGGUACUCCAUGAAGCUGCGCAUGCUUUUGGAUAAUCCGGCUGCACCAAAGAUGUGGCCCUCUCCUAUGGACAAAGCUAACAGUCUCUUUCUCCCCAACUCACGGGCACCACUUAGUGCGUCAUGUCCAGGAAGUUUACAGAAUAAGAAGCUUGAUUUGAAAGCUCAUGUUAGCCAUCAAGGAUUUCAAAGGACAGAUGCUCUCAUUUGUUCAGACCCUCCUAGUUCCCAUAUACAAUCGGGUAAUGUCAUUGCUCGGAAGAGGCGAGUUCAAGCACAGUUUAACGAACUUCAAGAAUACUAUCUGCAAAGACGGAGGACUGGAGCACAGUCACACAGGCAAGAAGAAAGAGACACAAUUACAAUUAACAGAGAAGGUUAUCAUGCAGGUCUUGAUGAUUUCCAGUCUGUGCUAACAACAUUCACUCGCUAUAGUCGUUUGCAUGAGAUUGCUGAACUAAGACAUGGAGACCUGUUUCAUUCCGCUAAUAUUGUAUCAAGUAUCGAAUUUGAUCGUGAUGAUGAGCUAUUUGCUACUGCUGGAGUCUCGAAGCGCAUCAAAGUCUUCGAAUUUUCUAGUGUUGUUAACAAGCCGUCAGAUAUGCAUUGCCCGGUUGUUGAAAUGGCUACUAGAUCUAAACUCAGCUGCCUCAGCUGGAACAAGUACUCGAAAAAUGUUAUAGCGAGCAGUGAUUAUGAGGGUAUAGUAACUGUUUGGGACGUCCAGACCCGCCAGAGUGUGAUGGAAUAUGAAGAGCAUGAGAAAAGAGCAUGGAGUGUUGAUUUUUCUCGUACAGAGCCUUCAAUGCUAGUAUCUGGGAGUGAUGAUUGCAAGGUCAAAGUGUGGUGCACAAAACAAGAAGCUAGUGUGAUCAAUAUUGAUAUGAAAGCAAAUAUUUGCUCAGUUAAAUAUAAUCCUGGAUCAAGCCGCUAUGUUGCAGUCGGGUCUGCUGAUCACAAUAUUCAUUAUUUUGAUUUACGUAAUCCAAGUGCACCUGUCCAUAUUUUUGGUGGGCACAAGAAAACAGUAUCAUAUGUGAAAUUCUUAUCUAACAAUGAGCUUGCAUCUGCAUCAACGGAUAGCACAUUACGGUUAUGGGAUGUCAAGGAUAAUUGCCCGGUCCGGACAUUCAGAGGGCACAAGAAUGAGAAGAACUUCGUUGGGCUUUCUGUGAAUAAUGAGUAUAUUGCUUGUGGAAGUGAAACAAAUCAGGUUUUUGCUUAUCACAAGGCUAUCUCGAAACCUGCAGCAAACCAUAGAUUUUUAUCCUCUGUCCUGGAUGAUACCGAUGAUGAUCCUGGUUCUUAUUUCAUUAGCGCUGUCUGCUGGAAGAGUGAUAGCCCUACCAUGUUAGCUGCUAACAGUCAGGGAACCAUUAAAGUUCUUGUACUUGCUCCUUGAUGUUAUCAAGGGUGGUCAUGAGAUUUACAACCAGCUUGUAUAUCUUACUGUCCAAAUGUUUCUUUGGUGCCAUUAUAUUCCCAAUGUGGGAAUGGAGACAUUAUUGAUCUCCAUUUUAGGGCGUGAAGUUUUGAAGAUAAUCAGCUAACGUAGGAAUUUUAGGUCUCAGAAUGUGCAUAAUCAUGUUUAUGUUGUAUAGGUAUGAAAGCAGCCGUGCAGGUGUAACAUGAGAAAUACACCUUAAAUAAAACUUCAGCUUGUUUCUACA